GAGGGCGGGGGAGGAGUGGAGAGGUCGGAGGCGCCCCGCCCAAUCGGCAGGAUUGCGCGUGCCCAGUGCGACCGCCAAGAUGGUGGUAGGCGCGUUCCCCAUGGCGAAGCUGCUAUACCUGGGCAUCCGGCAGGUCAGCAAGCCGCUUGCCAACCGCAUUAAGGAGGCUGCCCGCCGAAGCGAGUUCUUCAAGACCUAUAUCUGCCUUCCGCCGGCUCAGCUGUACCACUGGGUGGAGAUGCGGACCAAGAUGCGCAUCAUGGGCUUCCGGGGCACAGUCAUCAAGCCGCUGAAUGAGGAGGCGGCCGCGGAGCUGGGCGCGGAGCUGCUGGGCGAAGCCACCAUCUUCAUCGUGGGCGGAGGCUGCCUGGUGCUGGAGUACUGGCGACACCAGAUGCAGCAGCGCCACAAGGAGGAGGAGCAGCAAGCAGCCUGGAACGCGCUGCAGGACGAGGUGGGCCGCCUGGCCCUGACACUGGAGGCGCUGCAGGUGCAGGUGCAGGUGGCGCCGCCGCAGGCCGCCCUGGAAGAGCUGCGGGCCGAAGUGAGGGAGGUGCGGGCCCAGCUCGCAAGGCCUGCGACCCAGGCAGUGGCGCCCCAGGCAGUGUCUUCGUCCAAGAUGUAGGAGGCUGCGGAAACCUGAACUUGGAUGUGGCCAUGUGUGCCCCAACGUGGCCUUCUCCCUGCACCAACUCUGCCUGAGCUGGCCCCGGGGAAACCAUCGGGAUCUUAAUGCAACUUGGCAUCCGGUCACUCCCACUGACCAGACGGUGGAACCUUCCCCUGGGACCAGCCCCCAGCGAAUGAAGCGUUCCUGUGGAGCCCCUCCAGCCUUUACCACUGCUGCUGCCGUCCACACUGUUCAUCCCCACUCAAACCACCCCAGCCUACACACAGGGCCUUGGCCAGCAGCCGUGGCUGUGCUGUUCUGGCAAAAGAAAAAAUGGAACCUGAGCUUAAGCCGAAUCAUCUUGUCAUUAUCUUAUCCCCCAGGUACUUGAUCAGCAUGGCCUUUCCCAGGCCCAUCCAGCAGAGGAACCCUCUUGCCCCUUGUCAGUUGGUACCGAGCACAGUGGGGAACUGCGCGGCUUUCUCUCCCCCCACCUAGAAGGUCAGCUACAGCUGGGCUUACCUUUCCCCUCAGCUUGAUCCAGAACCUUCCAACAGAACCCUCAUCCAUUAGUCCGUGGCACAACCCACUAACCCACUGUCAUGGCUCUGCAGGGUCUUUCUUCUCUGCAGAGUCCCCAAGAUGUCCAUUCCACGGUGGAGAAUGUGAUCCUGGCUGGGCUUCUGUCUUUCAGUCUUAACCUGCCACCUUCCCUGUCCUCAAAGUCCCUGGCCUUGGGCUGAGACCUGUGCCCUCCCCCAUCUUCCCCACAGCAUUCCUCAGGAGCCUCUCCCACCAAGGAUUAGCUCUGCAGGUCCCCAUCUGCUCCUGCUGUCCCUGGGCUGCUCCACAGCCCCUGUGUCAGGACCCUCCUGCCUCAGGACUCUCUGUCCUGCUGGACAAGACUGCCAGGUGGUCUCGCCUCUAUUUUGAGUUUCCAGGACCCCGGCACACACUUAGGAAUGUGAUGGCUUUAAACCUCAGGAGCAUGUUCUGUCUCAGUUCUGGAAGCCGGAAGUCAAGGUGUGGUGGAGCCAUGCUCCUCCUCCUGGCUUCUGCCUCCAUGUCCUAUGGCCUUCUCCUCCUAGUAAGGACACCCGUUAGCUGAAUUUAGGGCCCACCCUGAAUCCAGGAUGAUCUCGCUUCAAGACCCUUAACUUACCUACAAAGACUUUUCUCCCAAACGGGGUCCCAUCCACAAGUUCUAGGCCAUGAACUUAUCUUUAGGGGGCCCACCAUCUAAUCAGUUAUGCUUCCCCAUCCCAAGAUUCAUGAAGAGCCUACAACCCCCUGGGUCCUAUGGCCUCCCCACCGGGUGAGAGGAACAGCCCAGCAGCUUACUUUACCGCUCGGCUUCUCUUUCCCCAGUUCCCACCCAGAGAGCCAUCAGCAUUCUGUGUGACUUCCUGGUUAGGACACCCCCACGCCCUGUGAAGGUGGCAUCUUAAAGAUGCGUCCCAGAACCACAGAUCUCCAGAGUCAGCCCAAAGCUCGUGAACAUUAGGAGAGAAGCUGGGAAGGUUCUGGUGGGAAGGGGACCAGGAGUCGUCGUAUGAGCUCGUCCCCACCUGGGGACACUGAGGCCCCGGGGAAGCAAAGAGGUUUGUCUAAGUGCCCCAACCCAGGAGGAACCAGCUGCCCCAGGAGUGGGCAGAACCCAAGGGAGGGAAAAGCCUCUGUGCUCUGGGGCCCAGGUCACCUGACUGCAGCUGCUCCAGGUGGAGGAGGAGGACGGUGAUAGGCAGGUUACUGGGCAGAAGAGGGGAGACGCCUCUACCCAGAGGCACUGGGGACCUGCAUCCCCUCUCAGAGCAGCCCCAGAUUACACCCAAGAUCUCAGCCUCCAGCGAAUAGGGCAGGUUUGCCCACUGUGCCCACUGCCACGCAGCUCCAGGGGAGGGUGCGAGGGGCGGGACUGGCCUCCCUCUUCCCACUUUGCCAGGGGAGUAGAAACCACCUGGAUGCAGAGCUGCCCCAAUAGAAGACCAAACCACAGGGGUUCUGAGACCAAGUUUGAUUCCUUCUAGAAAAGGGGGAGCAGCUGGUGUGGAGGAAGCCGAGGACGUAGGUCCCUUCAAAGCUGGGAGAGGCCUAGGUAUGUGAACAGAUGGGGAAAAGGCCAGGACAGAGGGUGCUGCGGGAGGGGUGGCAGUGGAGCCAGAGAAGGAGGCCCCUGCAGGUCCACCCGCCCUGACAUCUUGGUGGAGGCCAGGGGCUCUGGGCACCCUGGUGUUAGUAAGCACAGUUAUCCAGCAGGUCAAGUGCACCGAGCUCUGGGUAGAUGCCGGCAGCAUUCUAAGUGCUUUGAGUGAUCCCCAUGUCAUUGAUGAGGAAACCAAGACACAGAGAGGGAGGGUCACCUGUUCAAGUCGCCCAGGCAGAGAAGAGGUGAAGGUGGGAUGUUAACUUGGACAGUCCAGGCCUGAGCCCCAGGUGCUGACCCUGGUUGAGCUGGAGCCUUCAAACUUGGCCUGGCAUGUCCUGACAGGUGGCCGGUGUGGGCAGCUUCCCCGCUGUGGUGGUGGGUCCUGUGGGGGGUGGGAUCAGAGUGUGGAAGUGCACAGAACCCCCUCAAAACGCCUGAGGCCAAAAGGUGGUUCUGGGCACUGGUUUCCUGCUGGCUGCGAUCCUGAGAUGUGGGGAGAAGGUUAGAAUAAAUAUAUUUAUGGAGCUGGCUGGUCCUCAAGUUGAUGCAUCCUUUUUUAAUAUAUUUUUUAAACAUCCCUGUUAGCCUUUAAAAAAAAUGUACUUCAUUUACUCUCUCAUUUUGGAAUGUUCCACUGAAUUGCCCUCCGUAUGUCCCACCCUGUUCUGCCCCACCUUGGGGUCAGGGUUGUGACUGAAACAGCCCCAAUCCCACCUUCACGGGGCUCAAGUCCAGUGGGGGGACAGGUGCGACUUUUCUCUCCCCCUCCUGUGGAUGUUUAGGAAGGGGCUGGGCUGAAUCCAGACGCCCCUCCCCAGUGACUCAGGACCUCAGAGUAUGAAGAACGGAAACCUAUUCACACCAACUCAUGUCUCAUGUCCUGAGGCUCUGCCCCUCCCAUUUCCUGGCAGACCCCGUUGUCCCCUGCGUUCAUUUCCCUGUUCAGCAGACCCUCACCUAGAGGAACCAAGAUGGCUGAGAGCCACCCCAGGAGAAAAUGGCCUUUACAAAAGCUCCAGGCAGAUCCCCUGGCCCACAGGUCCCCCUGAGCUGGCUACAGUGAGGUUGGGUGGCCAGGAAUGGGACCCCAGCCCCAAUGGCUUGGGAACGUGGACAAAGGGAGAGAAGCACACUGAGAGGAGGACGAGGGUGUCCUCGUGCGCCUGUGAGGAGCCUGCCUGUCUGCUGAGCAUGGUGUGUGCGCUCGCAGGGCUGCAGCCUCCAUCUGGGGAUCAGCCAGAGCAAGACCAGGCUGGUGCCUGCCAUCACGGAGCCAGCUCUAGUGCAGGAGCUGAAGAGCCAAUCCAGUGUUGGGCCCAGGAGCUGGGGACAGGAAUGGCUUUGUGGAUCAGAUGGUCAGGGGGAGCAGCUUGAGAGGAGCCCUGAAGGCAGCUGCUGGGAAAGAGAGUUUACUGUGGAACAGCAGGAGAUUGUGGCUGCCAUACAGAACAGAGUUGGCAGAGGAUGGCGGCCCCUGAGCCAGCUCAGGCUGCCUGCUGCCUGUCUUUAUACAUAAAGAUUUAUUAGAACACAGCUGUGUUCACUCGUUUUCUCAUUUUCUACCCUUUGUACUACCGUAGCAGAGCUGAAAUAGUUACUUUCUGGCCCUUUACAGAAAGCCCUUACCAACCCCACAAUAGGACAAGGGCAGAGGGCUGGGUGAGGGGUCAGGCAACAGAAGCCGGCCCUUUGGCCUCAACAGGCUCCACGCUGCAGGGUCACACCAGCUCCGGAGCACCCCAUGGGCUUGCUGAGGCCUGCAGGACACAUAGCCACCCCCACCACUUCCUUCACCCCACUGGAACUGUCCCCACCAACUGCACGUGCCUCUGAGCCUCCAUCCAGACCCCUGGCAACCAGCCACCGCAGGAGUUGGAGAAGCCAGAGCCGUGGCGCAUGCCUGUGACUCGGGAGGCUGAGGCAGGAGGACUGCAACCUCAGCAACUUAUGAAGGCUGUAAACUCAGUGAGACCCUGUCUCCAAAUAGAAAAUAACAAGGGCUGGGGAUGUGGCUCAGUGGUUAAGCACCCCUGGGUUCAGUCCCCAGACCAUUAAAAAAAGAAAAGUUUAUGUAAUCCCUCAAAAACAUACAUAUUUAUUGGCAAUUCUUCCUAUAUAUGUAUUAUAAGUAUUGUAUAAUCCAUGAAUUGUGUGACAUAGUACAUAAUGAAAUAUAUAUAUUUUUAUGUAACCUGACACUGUAUACUACUGUUGUAUAUACACAUAUGUAUCUCGCUGGAAUGAAGGUCUCACUAAUUA